AGUCGGCAAAAUGCGCAGGCAGCAUACAAUCCCGUCGGAUGCUACAGCCGAUAUUUCGGGCGCAAUGGGGUCGGUCGACGUACCGUAUGAUACACUACACGCCAUGCCAUCGGACCUUCGCAGAGGAAGCUCGAGAGUGGAUACAGAAAGCAGCGCAGGGGUGACCGCUACAUCCGGUUACGAGGAUAUGGAUACGAUCGAAGAUGUGAUUGUUUCGUUCAACGCCCAGUAUGGGUUGGACGGUGCAGUGGAGAAAACACAGACUAAGGAGGCUGGAAUACACCACAUCCACAACCGCAUACCGGAGUUGGCCCGUGCAGGAGAGUCCCAUUCGCCCAGGUAUAUGCGGGCUGCCUCACUGGACAAGGAAGGGGCUCUGAUCAAACCGGUACAAAGCGGUACGCUGGCCCCGAAUAACCAGCCCACACCAGCGCGUGAUACGAUACCCAUUGCCAAGCCAAGGCCGGCCCCAAGACCCUUACGCAAACACGUAACGCAAGGAGCGGUCGAGACAAAGCCUGGUGCACACUUACACGUAGCAUCCCCAGAUAGUCCCAAACAUCGUCGCAACAGUUCAGCACGACCCAGGGGUGGCUCUGGAAACCCUAUCAGCCCAGUAGGGGGCAGACGGUUGCCUGACUUGCCGCUGGCAAGAGCGUGCAGUAACGAUCCGCAUACACACAUAGACGCCCACUCACACAUAUCCGUUAGUAGUUCACUACACCAGUCAGUGGGGAUCGCAAGUCUGAAGUCAAGGGGUCGCCCUACUCCAGUACUGCCCAAAGCAACUAGUGCUGACAUCUCGCGGAUAGGGAAUACCGAGUGCAGAACGUACAUUGACGGCGAGACUAUCGAGCAUUCGACCUGUUUCCAAUACUUCGACACCACACUAUCGCGCUCGCACAAGCGUCGGGUCAUGGAUACUCUGAUGAAGCCCGAAGAUACUGGAGCAUGGUUUAUACGUCACGACACCAGCGGCUGUCGUUACAUCCUGGUGAUUAAGUAA